AUGCACACGCUCCAGCUCCGUCGAUCGGCUGCAACAGCUGCGGCUGCUACUCGCCGCGCCGCGCUCGAUGCGGUGGCUGGUACCAGUGGUUCCCGCGGAUUUUCGAGCGUGCCGGCAGCGGGCAAACAGGACCCCAAGUCCACGUGGGGCGAAGUGAUUGAGAAAAUGUCGGACACGUUCUUCUUGUCGGACGUGUUUCGAGCCACGUGGUUGGCGUGGGAGGUGCACGUGGAGCGCAAAGUGACGAUCAAUUACCCGUUCGAGAAGGGCAUGAUCAGUCCGCGCUUCCGCGGCGAACACGCGCUGCGUCGCUACCCCAGCGGCGAGGAGCGAUGCAUCGCCUGCAAGCUGUGCGAAGCCAUCUGUCCUGCUCAGGCCAUUACCAUUGAGGCUGAACCGCGUGCUGACGGUGCGCGUCGUACGACGCGUUACGACAUUGACAUGACCAAGUGCAUUUACUGCGGAUUUUGUCAGGAGGCGUGCCCCGUGGACGCGAUUGUGGAAGGUCCGAACUUUGAGUUUGCCACGGAGACGCACGAGGAGCUGCUGUACGACAAGGCGAAGCUGCUGGCCAACGGAGACAAGUGGGAGUUUGAGAUUGCCAAGAACCUCUCGGUGGAGCAGCUCUACCGUUGA